CACGGGAGCGUCGCGGGGCCGGCGGGACGCGAGUGCCGGUGCCGGGGUUCUGGUACCGUGCGGGGCCGGCGGGACGGGAGUGCCGGUACCGGGGUUCUGGUACCGUGCGGGGCCGGCGGGACGGGAGUGCCGGUACCGGGGUUCUGGAACAAGCCACCAGGAUGCCAGCAUUGCCUCUGGAUGAGCUCCAGCUGACUGAGAGGGAUCCCAAGACAGGGAAGCUGAGAACUUUACCAGCACUGCACCCAGAAAUUAAGGCAGAUCGGUCGUUCGUGCUGUACAAACCCCCUCCUGCCAUCAGAGACCCUGCUCUGGUGGAAGAGUUCCUGGAGCGAGCAAAAUUCAUUGCAGAUGAUCUGAACUGGCUUCUGGCUUUGCCUCAUGACAAAUUCUGGUGCCAGGUGAUAUUUGAUGAGACCCUGCAGAAGUGUUUGGAUUCCUACCUGCGUUCUGCCCCUCGCAAGUUUGAUGCUCUUUGGGAUUGCCAUCCAGAGGUGAAUGAGCUGCAGAAAUGCCUCCAUAGGAGUGUCUUCCUCACAUUCCUCAGGAUGUCCACCCACAAGGAAUCCAAGGAUCAUUUUAUCACUCCCUCUGUCUUUGGAAAAAUUAUUUACAAUAACUUCCUGUUUGAUAUCCCCAAGAUUCUGGAUCUCUGUGUCCUUUUUGGGAAAGGAAAUGGCCUCCUGCUCCAGAAGAUGAUUGGAAAUAUCUUCACUCAGCAGCCCAGUUACUUCAGUGACCUUGAUGAAACUCUGCCCACUGUCCUGCAGGUGUUCAACAAUAUUUUGCACAAGUGUGGUUUGCAGUGUGAAGGGGCCUGUGCUGAGCCCCAGAAACUGGAAGAGAAAGCGAGUGUGACUGCAGGGAACAUGCCCCUCCAGGAGCUGAAGGACAUUGUGCUGUAUUUAUGUGAUACCUGCACAACUCUCUGGGCUUUUCUUGAUGUCUUUCCCUUGGCUUGCCAGACCUUCCAAAAACACGAGUUUUGUUACAGAUUAGCUUCAUUUUAUGAGCUGGCAAUUCCUGAGCUGGAAUCUGCAAUCAAGAAGAGGCAUUAUGAAGAUAACAGUGUUUUUGCUGAUUUGUGGAGGAGGAUUUCACACUCCAGAAAGAAGAUGAUAGAAGUUUUUCACAUCCUAAUAAACCAAGUCUGUCUGCAGCCCAUCCUAGAGAGCAGCUGUGAGAAUAUUCAGCCGUUUAUUGAGGAAUUUCUGCAGAUCUUUACCUCGGUGCUUCAGGAAAGGAGAUUUCUCCGUGACUACGAUGAGCUGUUCCCUGUUGAGGAUGAUGUGAGUCUGCUCCAGCAGGCAUCUUCUGCACUAGAUGAGACCAGGACAGCCUAUAUCCUCCAAGCAGUGGAAAGUGCCUGGGAAGGGGUAGACAGGAAAAAAGGACAAACUGUUAAAGAUCCAGCAGCAUCCAACGGAGCUUCAGUGCUAGUGGAGAGCACACCUGAGGACGGGGAGCACCCAGGGGCUGCCUGUGCCCUGGAGGAUGAGUGUGCCGGCGCUGCGGCCGCACCCGUCGCCUGCGUGUCCGGCGUGGAGCUGGAAUCCCUCAUUUCCCAAGUGAAGGAUCUGCUGCCAGACCUUGGAGAGGGAUUCAUCCUGGCCUGUCUGGAGGAGUAUGGAUAUGACACAGAGCAGGUGAUCAACAACAUCCUGGAAGAUAAGCUGGUGCCAUACCUGGAUAAGCUGGACCGAAGGAUGCGAAGGCAGCUGAAGCCAGAUCCUACCCCUCUGGUCAGCUCUCGCUGUAACGUUUUCCAGAAUGAUGAGUUUGAUGUUUUCAGUAGGGAUGCAGUGGAUGUGUCUCGGAUCCAGAAAGGCAAGAGGAGGGAGAAGGACACGACCCGGAGCUUGGUGAAUGACAAGCGGCUGGUGACGGAGCAGAGGGAGCGCUACAGCCAGUACAGCGUGGUGCUGGAGGAGCUGCCCCUGGAGCCGGGAGCAGCACAGCACUACGAGGACUACGAGGAUGAGUACGACGACACCUACGAUGGGAACCAAGUGGGCGCUAACGACGCUGACUCGGAUGACGAGCUCAUCUCCAGGAGGCCAUUCACAAUUCCUCAGGUCUUGAGACCUAAAGGACAGGAUGAAGGACAGGAGACAGAGGAAGAAGAUGAAGAGGAGGAGGAGGAAGCUGAAAAGGAAAGAACAAAGGACCACUUUGUGCAGGACCCGGCAGUGCUGCGGGAGAGGGCUGAAGCCAGGCGCCAGGCAUUCCUUGCCAGGAAGGGGUACAAGCACGACAGCUCUGCCGUUGUUGGGAAUGCCAAGGGCCACGGGCAGAACCGGGAGAUGGUGCAGGAGCGGAGGAAGAAGGAAGCGAACAAAAGCACAAGAGCCAACCACAACCGCCGGGCCAUGGCCGACAGGAAGCGCAGCAAGGGCAUGAUCCCUUCCUGAGCAGCUCCUGGGGCAGGGGCUGCACCGUCCCCAGGCCCUGCCCAGGAGGAGGCUUCAUUUCCUCAGCAUUCCCUUUGCUCAGGGGAUGGAUGUUGUGUGCAAUACCCGGCACCUGGGCUCACAUGGAGCUGCAAUCCCUGUGGGAGUGCUGCCUGUUCCCAGGAAGGAGCUGCCCUGACUGUGUGUGCCAAUGGCUGCACCCAAUACAGGGGACAGGCUGCAGCAGCCAUUCCUGCCCUUUUGUACUAUUUAUAAUUCACAGAGUUUUAUUUUCAUACUGGCUCCAUACACCCUCCGUGCCCACCCUGGAGUGGGCAGCUCUGAGAGCAUGGCUUCCAUGGAAAUGCCUUAUCCUGAACUGGAGUUACAGGUUGUCCCAAGUUGGAAGGGACCCACAGGAUCAUCCAGUCCCACCCCUGCCCUGCCCCCAGACCCCCCAACAACCCCACCCUGGGCAUCCCUGGCAGCGCUGUCCAAACGCUCCUGGAGCUCUGGCAGCCUCGGGGCCGUGCCCAUUCCCUGGGGAGCCUGGGCAGUGCCAGCACCUCUGGGGGAAGAACCUUGCCCUGAUCUGCACCUAAACCUCCUGACACAGCUGCGUGCUGGCAGAGAAAGGCUCAGGCUAUUCCCACUGCCAACAGAGCGACAGGGGUUCAGGUGAGUAAGACCAUAGGGAUUUCUGUCCCUUGAGUGAGGCAUGUGAAGACAGAUGGUACAAAUAAAAGUUGUAGAUGUCUUAGUUGGUUUUUUUAA